GGAGUAACAGAUAGGUACUACGCUACUAGCAACGCUCAACUCGCUAGCGGCCUAGAUCUCCCCCUCCCCAAUAUCCACUGAACUCGCCCCUUCACCCCCCUUUAUUUUCUCGUCGUCUCUUUCAAGCCCCCAACCAGCUUGCUUUCCCUUUCGGUUCGUCGAUUGGUCAAGGCAUCCCAAUCCCAGCCAGUCACCUUGACGUUUCAUGCCUCACCACCUCGGUCGCGGAUUCUGCUGUUGUUCUGCUUCCCUGCGCUACUCUCGACCAUUCUUCCACACUACCUCGCUUUAAUUCGGCCUCUGCAUUGUCCUUCUACCGCUCCGGCCUGCAGCACUCCGUUCCACUGCGUCUCUACUCCGGCAUUUGCUUUUUUUUCUUUCUCUUUCUCUGCAUCCCCCCUCGCCAGCAUUUGCCCAUUUGACAAGACAUCCAUCCUGCCGCCCUGCCAUGCCGUGUCGCAAUCACGGUCCAAUUUGAAAGAGAGAGCGCGCAGCAGACGGUAUCCCUUUCUCCCUUUCACCCCCCACCGCGCCGCCACCAGGCGAGACAUCGACAUUGCAAAGUCGAGGCAUUCCUCGAUCAUUUCCAACACUUAUCCUCUCACCGUGAGACAUAGACCUAGUCCGACAAGGGGUACAGUAAACAGUGACGGAAAGGAACAACACCGAGAAGGGGGAAAGAAGAAAAAGAGUUUCCGUGCCAUAGACAUUUAGGUUGGCUUUGAGGUUUGGCUUGGUUUGGGGUACGAGCGUGUUCCUGAUUGGAUUAGGAAUCCGUCACACAUACGCGCGCAUCAGGACAGCCGGUGUGCGGCAGUUCGAGGGAAAAAACAACGGACCAUUACCCCCGAUCGAAUUGAAACGCCCACCCUCGAACCUCGACCUCGACCUCGACUUCGACUUCGACUUCGACUUGGACUUGGACUUCGACUUCGACUUCGACUUGGACUUCGACUUCGACUUCGACUGACUUCGACUUGGACUUGGACUUCGAUACCCUCUUUGUUCGCUGCGUCGCGUCCUCGCCCUCUCUCUCUAUCUCUAUCUUUCUCUCUCAAUCGCCUGCCACGCACGCGAAGCCCCCACGAUAUACAAAGCAUUUCCCCGUCUACCAUGAAUGGUCGCAAUGCGCCUCUGUCACCUGUUUCUCUAGGCGGAAGCGAGUGGUCCGUUGGAAAAUACCCAAACAACACCGACGAUCCGUACGCAAACAACCGCGGCAACAUCGUCUCACCCCCCAAUUCUGGAGGUUCGAACGGGGCCAUGAAUGGUGCCUUCCCUCCCGGCCCUCGGAGCGCCGGCGGCCCUUCGCCACCGCCGUCCGUCGGCCGAUCCAGCAAUGGCACAAAUCUGUAUGCGAGGAGUGAGAGCGGGAGGAGCAUCCGCGAGGAGCAAGCGGAAGGAAUACUCGGCGAACAUUACGUCGCCCUCAAGAACUAUUUGAAUGGCGGACAGGGGGGAAAGCCGACGCCUGCCAACAAGGCGCGUGACAAGCUGCUGCGCUUGUCGUCUGUUCAGUUUCUCGAGCUGAGUACCGAUGUCUUCGACGAGCUGUUGCGGAGGCAGUCCCUCAAUCGCCGACCUUCGGCCCCUGGCGCCCCAAGUCCUCCUCCUUACCUGCUGCCCGAGUCCAAUUUCCAUCCAAAACGCAACCAGGCGAGGCAAAAGCUGUCCUCUCUUGGUCCGCCACGCUUCCGUGAUCUCGCGACCGACGUAUUCUGCGAGUUGGAGAGGAGGUUUCCCCGCUUUGCUGCUGGAGAUAUCCCCAGAGUGGGUAGCCCCGUAUCCGUCCGCUCACAGGCGACGAUCAAUGGAAAUGGCUAUCCGCCCAGGAGCCAAAGUCGGAUGAGGCGCCCGUCCGACGCAAGUUCCAUGAGGGGAGGACCACAGCAGCCGGAUCCCUACGGCGUGCCGCCUUCGCCAGGCAUGCCGCCUAAUGGCGACUACAACCGUCCGAUGCAGAAGCAGUUCCAGAGCAAUACCAUUGUGCCGAACAAGAGCACAAUGGUGGAAGAGGAUGACGAUGGCAGCCCCAACGAAGACGACGGUGAGGCCUUUGCUCUCGAACGGACUGCCACAAACCGCAGCAAGAGGAGUGAAGUCACAGAGCGGAGCGCCGCAGCAUCAGAGGCCGAUAAGAAGCUACUGGACGAGUACCAGACGCAGGUUCGCGAACUGCGGGAGAAGCUGGACGCCAUGGAGGACGCAAUGAAGAAGAAGGACGACGAACUGAACAGCGUUCUUGACGGUGAGAGAUCACGUUCAACGGCCGCCAACAUGGAGAAGAAGGAAUUUACGGAUCUCCGACUUGAUCUAGAGAACAAAGUCGCCGAGGCUCAGGACUUGAACGCGUCCCUCAAGCAAGAGUUGGAUCGCAUGAGGGACGAGCACGCAAACGAAGCCAGACAACUAAGAGAGCAAGUGGAUGAAUUACGGCAGUCCAGCGUCGCCGCUGUUACGGUCAAUUCCGGCAACGCCGACAGCGAGCUGCAAAUGGAAAAUCAGCGACUUCGCCUGUCCCUACAAGAACAACAGCAGGUUACGGAAGAUGCUCGGCGCGAAGCUCGCGAGUUCCUCCGGGAGAUGAAGAUACUUUCACAACAGGGUGGCUCGACUUGGCAAAAGCAGGAAGAGCUCGAGAAGACGAUCGAACAGCUCGAAGCAGAGGUUCGCGAAUGGCGGAAUCGAUACGCGCGGACCAAGACCCAGCUUCGCAACAUGCGAGCCUCCUCGCUCGGAUUGACGGUUGAGCAGGACGCGGCCAAAUAUGUCCGCGAAAAAGGGUUCACCCAGCAAGACGGCGCGGUUAAGGACAUCCACGUCACUAAAUUCCAGAUCGCCAUCGACGAGCUGCUCCAGCGCGCCCGAGCCGAAGAUCCUGAUACGGUCAUUGAUGCUAUGAAGCAGGUUGUUGUUAGCGUCCGCCGGAUUACUAAGGAUGUCGACACCGCAGCCGCUGGCAACGAGGAGCUCCUCCAACAGCGUUCGAAACUCAAGGGCAAGAUUUCCUCCACCGCCAACCACCUUAUCACAACAUCCAAAAACUUUGCGUCGUCGGCCGGCAUCACGCCAGUAUCCCUACUCGAUGCCGCCGCCACGCACCUUGUUGCGGCUAUCGUCGACAUCCUCCGGGUUGCGAAGAUUCGGUCCACUCCCGCCGAGGAACUCGAGGAUGAUGACGACGGCACAGUCACGCCCGUAGACUCGACCGGGUUCUUCUCUCCUCGGACUGCUUCGAGGCAAGAGUCGAUAACCCAAGAAUCCUUGCCCACACCAGCACCAUUCCGGGGCCUCGGUAGUGGUGGCAGGACCAGCAUGGACUCGUCAGCUUACAGCCCUGUGAACUCCCCUCGCCAGUCUGCAGACGCAUACAACCAGUCCCAAGGGCCCAACGGAAUGAACGGGGUGGUUUUUGGAAUGAUGAAUCAGAACGCACCGGCAAACGGAUACAACAACAGUAUGCGCCAACAGGGUAACCAAGCUGAAGACCUCAAGAUUUACCUCGAAGAUCAGACUGCCAUUUUGGUCCAAAACAUUCAGAACUUGGUUGGCUCCAUCCGAAGCGAUGCAUCAAUCAAUCAAAUCACGUCCGAGAUUGGCGGCAUCGUCCAGGUUGUCGACAAAGUUAUCUCGGAGACCGAGGCGUCUGGAAACGGCGGCAUGAUCGCCCGUCUGGUCGCAUGUCGUGAUAGACUCUUGGAGGCCAGCGAGCGCGGCAUGGAUAUUGACCGUGGACAAGACGUCGGCGCCAGCGGACGGAACGACCGCGAGUGGAGGAUGUGGACGCAGACUCUGCCGCCCAUCGCUUUUGAAAUCGCGAGGGAAACAAAGGAGCUGGUUCAACGAGUUGACCGAUUGGUCGGCAAUGGAGACGAUGACUUCUCAUGAGCUCAACCAUGGGGCAAGAGCCUCCACCGGCACCUUCGAGUGAAACUCUCAAGCACUCGACAACUCACAUAAUCUCGAAACGAAAAUCCCUCUUCUUUCCACUUUUUUUGCGAGAGAAAGCUUUGAUACCCCUGCUGUCCUCAGGGCGGCUUUGCUUGCAUACAUGUUUGGGUUUGUGAGUUUUCGGACGUGAGAAAAACGAAAAGGAAGCUUGCUUAUUGUUCUGCUUCGUUCGCUUUCUUUCUUUCACCACUUUUAUAUAUGGGCAGCGUUUCCCUUCGAGGACUUGGUUUCUCUCGACCCGUCCAUGGGUAUAGAUGGGCUCGCUCGUUAUCACAAUAGCUCUGUGGCGUUCAAUUUGCUCAGGGGUUUAAACUAUACGCGCAGCAUGAGGGAAGGACCUGAGACGAUGUUUCCUGCACGCCACGCAAAUGAGUGAAGGAAAGGAACGGAGGGUCUUUGGAGAGGAGUUUGGCUCUCUCACACCUGGCUACGUAAUACACGGUGGGCUGGUGGACAGGACAAUGGCGACGGUGAUGAGAAGAUAGGAUAGUUUUUCGCAGGAAUAGUUAAUGUUGAAAGUGCCCACGAGGCGCAUAUUCAAACGUGCGGGGGGACCCUCCAUCGCCUCCUAGCUCCUUGGUGAGAUUGUUCACGGAUGGUUGGUAGUAAGUCGUUAAUGAAUCACUCGUGGUUUCAACUGUUGAGGAGAGAGUUUUCGAGGCAUGUCUUGAUUGCUAGCGAGGCCGAAUCUUUUUCCUUCACAUGGCGGGCACCAGUGCAGGCGCCGUUGCGGGGAUGGCUUGCGCCUGCGCGAGGUGGACCGGGCCAAGGGCGCGAC